UGACGACACGAGAGGAAAAGAUUGCGAUACCGUGCGUUUAUUCGACGCAAGUGCAAGCCCACGCAUAAAAACCCUACCCUAGCAUUUCAUUUCCCCCUCUCCCGUACGUCGUUUCUAUCCAAAUUCAACACCUUUGCUUCUCUUUUACAUCUCAUCUUUCAGGGCUUUUUUGGUGAUGGCGUCGAAACGUAUUUUGAAGGAGCUGAAGGAUUUGCAGAAGGAUCCUCCAACAUCAUGCAGUGCCGGUCCUGUUGCCGAAGACAUGUUCCAUUGGCAAGCAACAAUCAUGGGACCCUCUGAUAGCCCAUAUUCUGGAGGCGUUUUUCUUGUAUCAAUUCAUUUUCCACCCGACUAUCCUUUCAAGCCUCCUAAGGUGGCGUUUAGGACUAAGGUCUUCCACCCUAACAUCAACAGCAAUGGUAGCAUUUGCUUAGAUAUCCUCAAGGAGCAGUGGAGCCCAGCUUUGACAAUCUCCAAGGUGUUGCUUUCCAUCUGCUCUCUGUUAACAGACCCGAACCCUGAUGACCCAUUGGUGCCAGAAAUUGCUCACAUGUACAAGACUGACAAGUCUAAAUACGAGGCCACUGCUCGUAGCUGGACACAAAAGUAUGCCAUGGGAUGACUACCGAGGCAUGUUUGAUUGAAGGGAAGCCUAAUAAAAUGUUAGUAGUAACUCUGUUUUUAUUCAUCAUGUGUUUGUUAAGAAGCUUGGCAAGGCAUUCAACAUCUGUCUCUCAAUUUGUGUAUAUUUGAUUCGGAAGAAAGGGGGAAAAUGAUUUCUUCUGCUUAAUUGUUUGCUUUUAUGAUGAUGAGGGUCUCCAGCCGUGUUAGUUUCA